AUGGCUCUCAAGACGCAGGGUGCGGCAGAUUCGCGGAGUGUCAUAACAAAGCUGAAUGAUCAGACAACGAAUUCUAGUGGCUUUUAUGAGGCAAAGAUCGACGACGGCUCGCUACCCGUGUAUAUUCCACUUGAUCCCCGACGGAAGCCCGACAUAUCUAUCGAGGCCGAGAGACAGUAUUCACCCUCAUAUCCGUGUGCAGAAUUAGCACACACUUACCUCACAAUCCUCGAUGAAUUAUGGCGGCUGAAAGAAAUAACACUGAUUCAAAAGCCAUUCGAUGUUAGCUCACAGACGUUCAACAACGUUGGCCUGCGCUUUCAGCCGAUUGCGAACUCGCCCACAAUGUUCACCACUAGGCAAGCCACGUGGGCAACGCUCGAACUCCUUGACUUCUCAAUCAAGCGAUCGGAUCGCAACACCGGCGAGUGGCAUGCGCACGAUUGGGUGGUAGGCAACAGCUUUGGACGAUAUGGCCAAAUCGUAUCCAAUGGUGCCGGGACGGUGGCCUCCUCAGCGAGCAACACAACUUCCCCGGAGCCAACGGCAAGCACACCAAACAAUGAUUUGAUCCAGGACCUCUCCACCGCCCCCCAAACCCUUGCUCACCCUACAGUCUCUAACGACACAUUCCCCUCCCUCGAAGGGUCUAGUGACACCAGCAAUAAUACCAGCCCAAGCCCAUUCAAUGACGAAGAAAUCACGAUCAUCUUCCAACCGACAACUGAGUCCCUCGUUUGGAUACAGAUGCUCUACCAACUCCGGGUCCUGUACGUCACCAUAUUGAAGUCCGAGUCUAGUCAAUCAAUGUACGACCGGUGGCCGCCAUACGACUUGAUUGGUGCAGAUACUCGUGUCAAGGGUGUGGAUGCACGAAUGUCCAUCCGCCGGAGAAGAGGUCUAUUUCCUGUAGAGGUUGACUUCGCGGAUAUGACUGAAGGAUUGAGAUUGAUCCUGGCGGAGCUCGCGAAAGAUGGGGGUAAUUGGGUGGGGGUUCAGGAAGCCAAGGACAAUACCGACAGAUGCGGUCUCCUACAUCGCCGUCUUCCCGCCCUUGCUCCUCCUAACCUCUCAACCACCUCAGUUGGCACAACAUACGAACAUCUCGUCGCUCAAACCCUCCGCCAUCUCGCAUUUACACUCACGCACGUAGGUGGCCGCUCAGACCGUGGCAUCGAUCUACUAGGGCACUGGUGUCCACCUACCCAGACCCCUCACCCCUUCCCGUCUCUCAAUGGAGACGCAGAUGUUUCAGACAAUCCCAGAAUCCAGCCAAAAAAUCAGAUCCCAGUGAUCGUCCAAUGCAAAGCCCACGCGCGAUCCCCGUCCCCAUCCUGGAUCCGGGAGCUAGAAGGCGCUAUUGCGCACGCGCCCGCGCUUCUAGGAGAUAGGGUAUUGGGGAUCCUAGUCUCCAAACGGGCGAUGACGGCUGGAGUGAGAGAAGCGGUGAUGAAGGCAGGAAGAGGGGUCAUGUGGGUGCAAGUUGAAGAGCAUGAGGGUGAACGGGGGACGAUGGCGGAGGGGAGGAUAGCACAAGUACUUUGGAAUAGUGCUGUGGCUGAUGUUGUGGGAAGAGAUUUGGGGACCGGUGUGGUUUAUGUUGGUUAUGGUGGGGAUGGAAGGGGGAAGGUAGAGAAAGAGUUAAGAUUGUCGUGGAAAGGGAGGGUUUGGGAGCCGAGUGACGAGACGGUGAAGGAAGCUGGGAAUGGGGAAGGGCAGUGA